UCCUACCUACCUGUCACUGCGCUGAUCCACAGAAAUGUGGCUUCACCAGCAGAAAAGACAAGGUGCCUCUGUUCUCGACCUCACUCUCUCCCGGACCUGACAGUUUGAAUAACUCGGUCAGAAUGACAUUUGUUGCUGGCAGUAAAAUGGACUGGCUGUACCCAAGAUGUCACAGGGAGUUCCUAGCUCAAACUCUCUGUCGUUUGGGAUUGUUCGUGAUCUGUAUGGGAAUGGUGUUGACCAUGUCCAUGUAUCCCAUGCUGAGAGCCCUCGGUGUCCAGCUCCAUUCUGCCUUCAUGGGGAGCUACGUACCUGGACACCACUCUGUCCUCCUCAUCAACUGCCCCAACGAACAGGCAGCCAAGGACAUAGGCAGAGCCCUUAUGGAGAGGAGGAUGGCAGCAUGCAUCAAUAUUCUGCCCAGGACCUACACCAUGUAUUACUGGAAAGGGGAGAUUCAAGAUGCAACGGAAAUUCUGAUGUUUGUGAAGACGAGGACCUCGAAGAUCCAGAGGGUCACAGACUUUGUCAAGUCUGUCCAUCCCUAUGAGACUCCAGAGGUGCUGAGUUUUCCAGUUGAGGACGGGAGCCUGCCAUAUAUGAAGUGGAUGGACGAGGCCGUUCCUGACGACUGACGAAUCAGGGAGCAUAUCCCCAAUGGUCUGUGAUCUUAUUGGAUGUGAAUCUCCAACCGGUUGAUUAACAGGAGAGUUAGGCCACAGGGUUGGCUGGGAACCAGGAAACUUUGGAUUGGAUCGAGGGGUUCAAAGUUUAAACUCUUGCUUUUGAACUCUCAAUCCACAGAUGAUAACUGUUUAGCUUCCACCAGAGGGGUAUACUACAAAGCAGGAUCAAUGAGUUAGCCAGCAGAAAUAACCACAUUUAUGGUUCAUUAAGAAAGCUAAACUUACAUAUGUGUUUUUCGUUGUUGAGUCAACUAAAUAAUGUCAAUUUCAAGCUUAUCGUUCAAAAAAAUUAAACGUUAUGUCAGAAUAUUUAGCUUGCUAACUCAUUGAUCCUCCUUUGGAGUAUACCCCUAUAUUGAGAUUAAGUCAGACUCAGUUGUUAGACUCUUGUUGAGCUCUUGUUGUUAGAGCUAUGUGUUAUACAGGUCUGUGUUUUGCCAUGAUAAUGCUGUGUUUGACAUGUCCUCUGUAAUGUUUGUUGUCAGUUUGUCAGACCUGAAAGAGUUGGUAGCUCCAGAUCUGAAGAUAAUGGCCUCGAAACAGCAUUAGGCUUGAAAUAACAAUGUUGUUAUGUGUCGAUUCAAGGUAUUAUAGUUUACUACAUAAGAUUAUAUUUAUUUCUAAGUUAUUUCUAUUGCAUUGUCUUCUUAAAACAUCAGAUGAAUGAUUAAAUCACAUUCGUCUUUUCUUAUCUAGUUACCGUAAAGCUGACCCAGCACCCCUGUUUAUCAUUUCACUGUGAAGUGAAAGUUGAUUGUACUGCAUUUUGGGUAUGGAUUCUUGAGCUCAGUUUGAAAUUGUUGUUCUAAGGAAAGCUUUUUGUAAAAUAUUAUCGGUCAAAAAUACUUUCCUUCUUCCUUGAGGUGAUACAUUAUACUUUGUGCCAGUUCGGGCUCUAUUCAAUCUGUAGCGCUGAAGCGUUACAGAUUGCGCAUGUGCUGGAAUUUUUUUAUGUUUGUGCUUUUCUAAUAACUCAUUUCUGUGUUCUGUUCGUGUGCUUUUCUAAUAACCGUUUUCUGUGUUCAUGCAAGUGACUGACUGAACGAAUCCUCAUUAUCAGUAGCUGCAAUUUGGCAGUAUGCCCAGACCUUUGUUUUGAGAACGAAAGAUAUAUCAGUUUCAAGGUCACAGCUUAGAGAGAAGAAGCCUCGUGAGGUAUUGGUCUGUCACAUAUUAUGAACCAGUAUUGGUUGGUCACCUGAAAGAAACAUGAAUUCAUUAUGCUAAAUCAUGCAAAUAUAACUUGUCUGUGUAUAGCCGUAUAUAAGACAACUGCUGGGACUGCCCCAGCAGAGCUCCUGACUGACAUGUGUACUAUGGUGCAUUGAGUUGGUUGGAACCGCUCCAGCGCGCUGAUAAUAAAGGAGCACUAUCAUUCUGUG